ACCAGUCUAAACCUCUCAAAACUCUGGAUUUGUCCCCCACAAUUUCCAAUCUCUUUAUUGUUCAUAGAGAGAUAACACCACCCACCAAGCAGAAAGGAGGAGGAGAGAAGUGUUUGAAGCAGAAAGGGUAAUGGCUAGCUGCAGCAUGGCAUCUGCUGCUUCUGGGUUCGUCCUCACCCCCACUCCUAACUCCACCACCAAGCCCACCUCCACCCCCUCCAUGGUCAUCUUCUCCCCCAAGAACCAUAGAAAUUCAAGGCUUGUUGUCAGGGCUUCUGAGGGCGGGCCGCCGCCCCCUCCCCCACCCCCACCCCCUGCUCCCGCGCCUGUGGCAGAGGGUGGUGCUCCUCCCCCUAAGCCACCUCCGAUUGGACCCAAAAGAGGCACCAAGGUGAAGAUUCUAAGGAAGGAAUCCUACUGGUACAAUGGCAUUGGAUCAGUUGUAGCUGUUGACCAGGACCCCAAGACACGCUACCCAGUUGUGGUGAGGUUCAACAAAGUUAACUAUGCAAAUGUGUCUACAAACAAUUAUGCUUUGGAUGAGAUUCAAGAAGUUAUUUGAGUGAUGCUGGCAUUGUAAUUUGUAGUUUUCUCCUAUCAUUCCGAUCUUCAGCUAAAUAGCUUGUCUGUGUUGAGAAUGUAUCAUAUCUACUCUUAAUGAUUUCUUCUUCUCUUGCCCUUUUCCUAUCUAUGUUUUUUAUUACUGCU